AUCAUGUACAAAAUGAAGAAAACUAUGCACAAGUUCUUGAUAAGUUUGGGAGUAAUUUUUUAAGUCGAGACAACCCUGACCUUGGCACCGCUUUUGUCAAGUUUUCUACUCUUACGAAGGAACUGUCCACACUGCUGAAAAAUCUGCUCCAGGGUCUGAGCCACAAUGUGAUCUUCACUUUGGAUUCCUUGUUAAAAGGAGACCUAAAAGGAGUCAAAGGAGAUCUCAAGAAGCCAUUUGACAAAGCCUGGAAAGAUUAUGAGACAAAGUUUACAAAGAUCGAGAAGGAGAAAAGAGAGCAUGCAAAACAGCACGGGAUGAUCCGCACAGAGAUUACAGGAGCUGAGAUCGCGGAAGAAAUGGAAAAGGAAAGGCGCCUCUUUCAGCUCCAAAUGUGUGAAUAUCUCAUUAAGGUUAAUGAAAUCAAGACCAAAAAGGGUGUGGAUCUACUGCAGAAUCUUAUAAAGUAUUAUCAUGCACAGUGCAAUUUCUUUCAAGAUGGCUUGAAAACGGCUGAUAAAUUGAAACAAUACAUUGAAAAACUGGCUGCUGAUUUAUAUAAUUCUAACAGGCAACCAGCUAAGUUGAACCUUCUCACCUGCCAGGUGAAACCAAAUGCCGAAGACAAGAAGUCUUUUGACCUGAUAUCACAUAAUAGGACGUAUCACUUUCAGGCAGAAGAUGAGCAGGAUUAUGUAGCAUGGAUAUCAGUAUUGACGAAUAGCAAAGAAGAGGCCCUAACCAUGGCCUUCCGUGGAGAGCAGAGCACGGGAGAGAACAGCUUGGAAGAUCUGACAAAAGCCAUUAUUGAAGAUGUCCAGAGGCUCCCAGGCAAUGAUGUCUGCUGUGACUGUGGCUCAUCAGAACCUACCUGGCUUUCAACCAACUUGGGUAUUUUGACUUGUAUAGAGUGUUCUGGCAUCCAUAGGGAAAUGGGGGUUCAUAUUUCUCGCAUUCAAUCUUUGGAACUAGACAAAUUAGGAACUUCUGAACUCUUGCUGGCCAAGAAUGUAGGAAACAAUAGUUUUAAUGAUAUUAUGGAAGCAAAUUUACCCAGCCCCUCGCCAAAACCCACCCCUUCAAGUGAUAUGACUGUACGGAAAGAAUAUAUCACUGCAAAGUAUGUAGAUCAUAGGUUUUCAAGGAAGACCUGUUCUACUUCCUCAGCUAAACUGAAUGAAUUGCUUGAGGCCAUCAAAUCCAGGGAUUUACUUGCACUAAUUCAAGUCUAUGCAGAGGGAGUAGAGCUAAUGGAACCACUACUGGAACCCGGACAGGAGCUUGGGGAGACAGCCCUUCAUCUUGCAGUCCGAACUGCAGACCAGACAUCUCUCCAUUUGGUUGACUUCCUUGUACAAAACUGUGGGAACCUGGAUAAGCAGACAGCCCUGGGAAAUACGGUUCUACACUACUGUAGUAUGUAUGGUAAACCUGAGUGUUUGAAGCUUCUUCUCAGGAGCAAGCCCACUGUGGAUAUUGUUAACCAGGCUGGAGAAACUGCCCUGGACAUAGCAAAGAGACUAAAAGCUACCCAGUGUGAAGAUCUGCUUUCCCAAGCUAAAUCUGGAAAGUUCAAUCCUCAUGUCCAUGUCGAGUAUGAAUGGAAUCUUCGACAGGAGGAGAUGGAUGAAAGUGACGAUGAUCUAGAUGACAAACCGAGCCCGAUCAAGAAAGAGCGUUCACCCAGACCUCAAAGCUUCUGCCACUCCUCCAGCAUCUCCCCCCAGGACAAGCUGGCACUGCCAGGAUUCAGCACUCCAAGGGACAAACAGCGGCUCUCCUACGGAGCCUUCACCAACCAGAUCUUCGUCUCCACAAGCACAGACUCACCCACGUCACCAACCGCAGAGGCUCCCCCUCUGCCUCCUAGAAACGCCGGGAAAGGUCCAACUGGCCCACCUUCAACACUCCCUCUAAGCACCCAGACCUCUAGUGGCAGCUCCACCCUAUCCAAGAAGAGGCCUCCUCCCCCACCACCCGGACACAAGAGAACCCUAUCCGACCCUCCCAGCCCACUACCUCAUGGGCCCCCAAACAAAGGCGCAGUUCCUUGGGGUAACGAUGUGGGUCCAUCUUCAAGUAAGACCGCAAACAAGUUUGAGGGACUGUCUCAGCAGUCAAGCACCAGUUCUGCAAAGACUGCCCUUGGCCCGAGAGUUCUUCCUAAACUACCUCAGAAAGUGGCACUAAGGAAAACAGAAACCAGCCAUCAUCUCUCCCUAGACAAAGCCAAUGUCCCGCCUGAAAUCUUCCAGAAAUCGUCACAGUUGGCAGAGUUACCACAGAAGCCACCACCUGGAGACCUGCCCCCGAAGCCCACAGAACUGGCUCCCAAACCCCAAAUUGGAGAUUUGCCACCUAAGCCAGGAGAACUGCCCCCCAAGCCACAGCUGGGCGACCUUCCACCCAAACCCCAGCUCUCAGACUUACCUCCCAAACCACAGAUGAAGGACCUGCCCCCCAAACCACAAUUGGGAGACCUGCUGGCAAAAUCCCAGACUGGAGAUGUCUCACCCAAGGCUCAGCAGCCCUCUGAGGUCACGCCGAAGUCACACCCAGUGGAUCUCUCCCUAAAUGUGCAGUCCAGAGAUGCCAUCCAAAAGCAAGCAUCUGAAGACUCCAAUGACCUCACACCUACUCUGCCAGAGACGCCUGUACCACUGCCCAGAAAAAUCAAUACGGGGAAAAACAAAGUGAGGCGAGUGAAGACCAUUUAUGACUGCCAGGCAGACAACGAUGACGAGCUCACAUUCAUCGAGGGAGAAGUGAUUGUCGUCACGGGGGAAGAGGACCAGGAGUGGUGGAUUGGGCACAUUGAAGGACAGCCUGAAAGGAAGGGAGUCUUUCCAGUGUCCUUUGUUCACAUCCUGUCCGACUAGCAAAAAGCAGAACUUCAAGAUUGUCCACAUCCUUCAUGCCAGACUGCUGCCUCCAUGUAAUCCUGUGCACAAUGUGUAAAUAGCUGCUGUUACAGAAUAAGAAACUCAUGGAAGGGCCACCUCAGGAGGGAAUAUAGUAUGUAUUGUAAAUAUCCUGUGUCUUCUGCCUUCGCCAGUAUUAGGGUAGCCUUGGGACCCGGCGCGCCUUACUGGUUUGCCAAAGCCAUCCUUGGCGUCUAGCACUUAAAUCUCUCUAUCUAUGCUGUUUCACAAGCAAACAAACAAAAAAGUAUAGGAACUGCUGGCUUUGCAAAUAGAAGUGGUCUCCAGCAACCGUUGAAAGGCAUAGAAUUGACUCUCUGUUCCUAACAAUGCAGUAUUCUCAAUUGUGUUACUGAAAAUGCAACAUUAGCAAAGAGGUGGGUUCUGUUUUCCAGGUGAAACUUUUAGCUCCAUGACAGACCAGCCUGUAGUUAUCUGUGUACACAGUUUACAGCUACAAAAACCUACUUUGGUAUUUAUUACAGAAGAGUGCUCUGUUAAAUGUAAGUGUUAUUCCUUCAGCAAAAUAUUCACUGACCCAAAACUCUUUGUGGCAUUUUACAAUGCACACAGCCUCAUGCAAGUUUAGACAGACAAGUGGAUUCAUACUGUCUUAAUGAUGGUGAGUGCCCACCCCUGAGAUAUUACCUCAUUAUGCAAAAAUAACAUAUCCUUCAUGACUAUUUUGACAAAAGUUUAAAACAUGUCUGAUGAAGUUCAAUGUUCAGGAACCAAGGACUGCCAGAAAAUAUUAGCCUCUACAUUAUGCAUGCAUUUAGAAGCUUACCUGAAAUCUGCCUUUUAUAAAGGAAUAGUAUGGAUAAGUGGAACUGUACAUUUUUUAGACUUGAUUGCCAUUAAAGCAGAAAUUAUAAGGUUGCAACAAUAUUUGUUUCUAGUCAUUUGGCUUUCUCAAGAGUAUGGAUUUACAUAUCGUAUCAUGAAUCAGCAUCCCUCAAAUGCGUUGAAGCAUCUAAUGCAUCAAUUUUAAAUUAUUUUCUUAGUUUUCUUCUUGGAUAAAUUUAAACUUUUAAAAGAUUAUUCAAGAUGAAUUUAAGUCAGCCCUUCACACAGUUUCCCUACUGUAGAAUCCAGGUGCUGAAACCAAGCUUUUCUUUUUCCAUGCUCUUUAGUAAACCCCAGUUAUAGAUAAGUUUUCCCAUCUUAAGUUCUGUUCAAUAGACACGUCACCUUCAAGUCAAUUCAUAACCAAGUUUUUGAACGCUGCUAUGAAUUGCACUGUGAAAAGCACUCUCUCUCUCCCUCUCAUUUUUCUUUUCAUCCCAGCCGCGUUUAUCAGAUCAUUAAGAACAUUGUGAGUAUUUCAGUCUUUUACACAGUCUGAAUUCUGGAAAAGAAUACAAUGGUUGUACUCCACAGCCAGUGGAACUGUCUGAUUCCGAGGCUCAUGUGUCGUUCUGGCAUGACAUUUGCUUAAAUUGCUAUUUUGGCAACAGCACAGAAAACUAAUAUUUUUAAGCAGAGAAUCUUGGCAAUGAGUGAGAAAUGUUAACUUCACAGAAGCACAACUCCCAACCAAACCCUUAGGAAAAGCCCUCUUUCAUAGAGUCACAGUGCUCAGUGAAUAUUAAUUUAGUUCUGCUUAAGUGGUUACUAUGAAAACUUUGAAUAGCCACCUAAUAAAUAAACCUUGCAUGACAAACCUGCAAAAUAUUUUAUCAGCUGUUAUUGGAAAGUGAUUUUAAGCAAUUGUUUCCUCAGUAUCAGGGCACAUGUGAAUUCCCACACCAAACCGAGGGCAGGAGGAACCAGUCGACUGCUGGUGUGUGGCUGGCGGCUUUACCAGCCUCAGUGUUGAAGCCACACUGGGGUCAGAACAGAAGUCGUCAUCUGAGGUUGCUCAGUGUCCCGUUUCUUUCAUUUACACGUUUUAAGUUGCAUUAAAGAGCUAUUCGUUUUUGUGGCCUAGACUAUUUUCAACUGAUCUCAAAAUAAACUGUUUUUUU